CCACCUGCUUCCUGUAGCUCAUAACGAAGCAGCAGGCGGACAGGCAGCCCCAUUUUGCCUUUGCUGACUCGGUGCCUUGGCAUCAGUUGUGCCUAUCCCUGAGAACGAGCAGCAGCAGCAACAGCAGCAGCAGCCCCGCACUGUGCAAAUGGCCAAGACUGCAAUUGCUUACAAGGAGAAGAUGAAGGAGAUUUCCGUCUUCUCGCUCAUCUGCUCCUGUCUGUACCCCGACAGCCACAAGAACCCCCUGGGAGACUUUGAAGAGCUGGACAUCAAGCCGAUCAACAAGCGUGCGUCAGGCCAGGCCUUCGAAGUCUUCCUGAAGCCGACAUCGCCUGUGUCAGACGCUGCCCACAGUGUCACCACGCCCCCCAAGAGGGACAUCUCCCUGGACGACAUCCAGAAGAAGCUGGAGGCCGCUGAGGACCGCAGGAGAUCCCAGGAGGCGCAGGUGCUGCAGGCGCUGGCGGAGAAGCGCGAGCACGAGCGCUACGUGCUGCUGAAGGCCAUGGAGGAGAACAGCAACUUCAGCCGCAUGGCUGAGGAGAAGCUGCAGCUGAAGAUGGAGCAGAUCCAGGAGAACCGUCAGGCCUACAUCGACGCCCUCAUGGAGCGCCUGCAACAGAGGGAGAGGCACGCUCAGGAGGUGCGCAGGAACAAGGAGUUGAGAGAAGAGGUGACAGCGUGAGGAACUCUCGUCCCACCCCCUUCUCCUCCCCAGGGUCUUGGUGUCCACUCAACUGGGAUAAACCGUCACCUGAACGCCUCUUGUUCCCUCCUCCUUUCCAUACAACAUCUCGAGACAGUGGCACACACACAUGGGAGGGUUUGGAAUGGUGUCCUUAAUCAUAAGAAAAACAUAAAUCGCCACAAUUCUCAACAACAGCAAAGAUGGAAUCUGAUUGCCAGAAAGCGACAGUGGAGGUGUAAAUACUUUUUUUUUUUCUUAUGACUAGUACAAAAAGUAUCGAUUGCAGUGUGACAUUUUUCAUGAUCUUUUAUUUCGCUUAGUGGCUUUGAUGUUUUGGUGGUGCGUUUGCAAGCUCCCCCUUUCCGUCCCACCCAUUGGCAUUCAAUGCGAAGCUAAUGCAUUGCAUCUCUUAUCUCUCUUCCUUGUUCAGCCACACGAGUUUAGCAUAGCACAUGGCUAAUUAGCUAUUAGCGAUGCUGCAAAAGACAAAACCCGGAAGUUUCCCACCCAUCUUCGUAACCCACUUUUAGCAGGGAGGAGCCACGCCUGAGGUUGAACCCCAUGGUGCCGUGUCAUGUGACUCUUUCCAUUUGUGUGUGUGUCUGAGAUCCGCUCUCUCUUUCCGCAUUACUGUAUACCUUUGUCAACAAGCAAGCUGUGGUUAAUAAAGAUUUGGAGUUCAUUGAAUACGUGGCCUCUCUGCGAUGAUAA